AUGUCUUUACUCCUACAGCCGUCCGGUGGGAUUGCCUUCCCGCAAAAUGAUAUAAUGUUGGAGGAUUUACCCUCGGCCCAAGAUCCAAACGGGCUUCUCAGUGGCGGUGCUACUGUCAGUGAUGAUGCUGGUGCUCACUCAAUCGACGCCAGCAGCCACGCUAGAAUCAAUGAUAAUGAAACAAGCUGGCGUAUAAACGGCCAAGCUAAUAUUACCAGUAAUGACACUGAUAUUCACUCCAACGGCGCCGACGGCCACGCCAGCGUCUAUCACAAUGGUACAACCAUGAGCCCAUCUUCUUCCACCAACAUCCCUCCCAAUCCUGGCUCACUACCCAGACCCGUGGCCAUCUGUGGAAUGGCUCUUCGGCUACCCGGCGGGCUGGAGAGCCCCCAAGAGCUCUGGGAGUUUCUCCUGGAAAAGGGCGAUGCUCGAUGCCAAGUUCCCAAGUCUCGCUACAAUAUCGAUGCAUAUCACUCCAAAUCUGGCCGGACCGGAACUAUUGCCACCCAGUACGGUUACUUCCUUGAUGAGAGCAUCAAGCUGGGAGGUCUGGAUACGUCUCGCUUUUCCCUGAGCCGAGCCGAACUUGAGGUCGCAGACCCGCAGCACCGACGGAUGCUGGAGGUAGUGCGAGAAGUCUUUGAUGACGCCGGCGAAAUCGACUUCAAAUCCAAAAACAUUGGCUGCUACAUGGGGAGCUAUGGUGAAGACUGGAUGGAGAUGCAAAACAGGGACCACCAACAGACUGGCAUCAACAGGGCGGAUGGCUACAGCGAUUUCAUGCUCUCCAGUCGAAUAUCAUACGAGAUGGAUCUCAAGGGCCCAUGCAUGACCAUACGCACAGCCUGCUCAGCGGCUCUCAUCUGCGUGAACGAGGCGUUCCACGCCAUUCAAACCGGGCUUUGUGAUGGGGCCAUCGUCGGAGGCUCCAACCUGAUAAUGGCACCGGGAAUGACCUCCUUCAUGACGGAAAAGGGCAUCCUCUCGCCAGAUGGCCACUGCAAGACCUUCUCUGCCGACGCAGACGGCUAUGCCAGAGGCGAGGCCGUCACGGCCGUUUACAUCAAGCCCCUAGACGCCGCCUUGCGCGAUGGCAACCCGAUCCGCGCCGUAAUCCGCAACAUCGUAUCCAAUAGCGACGGCAAGACGCAAGGCAUCACUAAACCGAGCACCGAGAGCCAGGAGGCGCUGAUGAGGAAGGCGUACCGCGAUGCCGGCAUUUCGGACUAUUCCAAGACGGCCUUUGUGGAAUGCCAUGGCACUGGAACGCCUGUCGGAGAUCCCAUCGAAACCAACGCCGUCGCCAAUGUCUUUGGCGACGCGGGCGUCUACAUUGGCUCUGUCAAGCCCAAUCUGGGUCACUCAGAGGGAGCAUCAGGGUUAACGUCUCUGAUCAAGGGGGUUCUAACCCUGGAAAACCGCAUCAUCCCUCCCAACAUCAAGUUCACCAAAGGGAACCCGGAUAUUCCAUUCGAGAAGAGAAAGCUGACUGUUCCGCUGGAACCGACACCAUGGCCACAGGACCGCUUGGAUCGAGUGAGCAUCAACUCUUUUGGCAUAGGAGGAUCAAACGCCCAUGCCAUUUUGGAAUCGGCACAGGCGUAUAAUGUGCCAGAGCGAUUUGCUCCUCUACAUCAAGGUUCGCUUGAUUCCCGGCCGCAUCUGCUUCUCUUCUCGGCUGCGUCAUCGUCAUCUCUCAAGAGCAUGACGGACCAGUUUAGGCCGUGGAUGGAAAGGAACCCCGACAAGAUGGACGAUCUUGCAUACACCCUUGCCAUGAGAAGAGAGAAUCUCCCCCACCGUUCAUUCAUGGUGGCAAGCCCGGGCCAGAUUCCCGAGACGGCGUCUCAGGGCCGGCGGAUAGGGAACAGUACACCUAAUCUUGUCAUGGUCUUCACCGGCCAGGGUGCUCAGUGGCCUCGUAUGGGUCGUGAGCUGCUCUUGCGCCAAGAUUCCGUCUUCCAAAGCAGCAUCAGGGCUCUCGACGAGUUUCUUGGCAAACUCCCUGAUGCCCCUGAAUGGACAAUCGAAGAGGAGCUGCUCAAGCUGCCCAGGAAAUCAAGGGUGCAAAGUGCAGAGCUAUCGCAGCCGCUCUGCACUGCUGUCCAGAUCGGUCUAGUCGAUCUCUUCAAAUCUCUCGGCGUUGAGCCGUACGCCGUGGUAGGUCACAGUAGUGGUGAAGUCGCGGCUGCGUAUGCAGCAGGCGUGAUCACGGCGAGAGAAGCCAUCAUCAUCGCCUGGCAGAGAGGUCUUGCCGCCAAGCAACAGAGCCGCCUUGGUGCAAUGGCAGCGAUUGGUCUGGGCAGGACAGAUGUCGAGAAGUUCUUGUCGCCGCCUUCCGUGGUCAUUGCCUGCGAGAACUCUCCGGGCAGCGUCACCAUCUCCGGAGACGCAGAUGCCAUCGAGACAACCCUCCGACGUAUACACGAGGAGCUUCCCGACAUUACGGCUCGUCUUCUCAAGGUCGAUAAGGCAUAUCACUCCAACCACAUGGCUGAAGUGGGCGAGUUCUACACCACAGCCCUGCGAAGAUAUGUCCCCGACUUGUUUGACAACACGUCCACGUUGAAAUCUCCCGAAACGAGAUCCAAACGGCAGGCACUCUUCUUUUCCAGUGUCAGCGGCGCCGAGGAGCCAGCUCAGCUGAGUGAACUACGUGGCACCUACUGGCAGCGGAAUCUCGAGUCCCCGGUGCUGUUCAGAAGCGCCAUCCAGGCCGUUCUCAACAAGGUUUCCGAUGCUGCCUUCUUGGAGAUCGGCCCUCACACCGCCCUGGCUGGACCAGUAAGACAGACCGUGGCAGAGUCACCCAGUUCUUCAGACGGCGAGAUUCCAUACUUUGGAGCCAUGAGCCGCGGUGAGAACUGUGAGGAGUCCUUCCUCGCCUCAGUCGGUCAACUAUUUGAGCUCAACAUACCUGUCGACUACAGCCGUCUUGUCCGAAAGACCACCUCACUCCCAGGACUUCCUCAUUAUCCGUGGGACCAUACAGCAGCGAGCCUCUGGCGCGAGUCGAGGAUUUCGCACGAAUGGCGGCAUCGCCAAUUUCCUGCUCAUCCGCUGCUUGGCAUUCGCCAGCUCGAAAGCACGACGCUGGAACCUAGCUUCCGUAACAUGCUUCUCCUGAAAGAUACGCCCUGGCUGCGGGAUCACUGCAUCGAGGGCAGCAUCAUUUUCCCUUGCGCGGGAUACAUUGCCAUGAUCGGCGAAGGCAUCAGGCAGAUCACCGCAAGUCAGCCGCAGAAGCCGGCAGGCAAGGACUCAGACUCCUUUGUGAUUCGCAACAUGUUGCUCAAUACAGCCCUCAUCUUGCGAGAGGAUACGACGAUAGAGAUUGUCACUACGUUCCGUCCUGUGCGACUUACCGACUCCUUGGACAGCACUUGGUGGCAAUGGAUGAUUUCUUCGUAUAACGGCAGCAUCUGGACAAAGCAUUGCAGCGGAGAGGUUACUGUCUCAAGCACCGAACCGGAGACUGCCCCUGAUCCGAAUAUCGCCAUGCUGCCGCGCAAGGUCGAUCGUCGCAAGUAUUACGACGUGCUGAACCGGGCCGGAAUCUCGUACGGCGCAACGUUCCAGCGGUUGAACGAUCUCAGAACCGGAACUCUGGAAGGUAUCGCUGCGGCAUCAUUAGAUAACAUUUCCUGUGGUGAUGAAGAGCACUAUAAUCUGCACCCGGCCAUUAUUGACGCCUGUAUUCAGUCCGGGCCGGUGGCUGCAAUGAUGGGCAAGAUUGAGGAGAAACACUACAGGAGAGUGCCUACGAAAAUCGGUCGUAUCGUAGUACAUCGCGUCGAUCCAGAUAUGAAUAUGAACUUCAGGGCCGCUGCCUUUGCGUCCUUCGUUAAGGGUAGCAGCCAAGUCUCAAGCAGAAUCCAGUGCAUCAGUAAUGGCAAAAUCUUGCUCGAUAUGCAAGGCGCAAUACUGUCUAUGCUGGAAACAGACGAUGCCGAAACCGCAGCCAUUGCCGCCGAAGGCGAGGCGGACGAAACCAUGAGAGGCUCUGACGCAGCACCAAAGGCAUUGGCCGAGGAUUUAAUCACCAGCCGCUUUACUUGGGCGCCUCAUAUCGACUUCCUAGAUUGUCAUAAGCUCAUCCGGCCAUCGAUGCCAUGGCAUAUUUACACACCCAUGCUGGAUGAGAUGGCCCGCCUGUGCUUUGUCCUUACCAAGAGACGCCUGGGACUUAUGAAAGAAAGCAGCCGUAUGAAGGAGACGCUUCCGGAGCAGCUGGUCAAAUACAUGACCUGGAUCGAUACACAAGUUCAAAAGGAACAAGAUACUGCGUUGAAAGGACUUGACGACGCGGCGGCUUUGGAUAGAAUUGACGUCCUGCUCGGCCAAAUGAGAGACACUCCCGUGGAAGACUGCGCUACCGCAAUAGAGAAGGUGCUCAAAAACAUCGACAACAUCUUCACGGGCAGUACCGACGGGCUUGAGAUGCUGCUAGCUGACAACACUCUUACCAACAUCUACACCGCGACGGAUGCCAGCAACAGAUCCGGGUUCAUCAGCCACUUGGCUCACAGUAAGCCGAAUCUACGUAUCCUUGAGAUUGGUGCUGGUACUGGCGCGUCCACGGCCAGUUUUCUGAAGCACUUGAUAUUACCAGUCGGGCAUCCGUUGUACAGCAAGUAUACCUUUACCGACAUCUCGUCCGGCUUCUUUGUCGGGGCCAAGGAGCGGUUAGAGGAGCAGGGCUUUAAGGAGGACGAAAAGUAUGACCUCAUUAUCGCGACCAAUGUGCUCCACGCCACCAAGAGUCUGCACGAUGCGUUGUGCAACGCGCGUAAACUGCUCGACCACCGCGACGGGCGGCUGCUAUUGCACGAGCUUAACAGUCCUUCCAAGUGGCCAAACUACAUAUUUGGACUCCUUGCCGGGUGGUGGUACGGCGCUGCAGACGGAAGACCAGACGAGCCGUACGUGACUCCUGAGCGAUGGGGGGAGGAGAUGGAAAAGGCUGGCUUCGAUGGCUUAGAGGCCGUAGUUCGGGAUGCAGAGCAGCCGUACCAGCUAAAUGCCACGAUUCUCGCAAGAGCGAAGCCUCGUGUAAGCAGAUAUGAAAAAGAGGUCAUCCUGCUACAAGAUGACGAGAGCCUUGCAUCGAAUGCAAUAGUACAGCGGCUCAACGAGAGAGGAUAUGGUGUGACGAGCCUGCGACUCGGCGACACAUUGCCCGAGCAGCCACACGAUAUCAUAUCUCUUGUCGACACCACCCAUCCAGUCUUUGAAGACAUUGAUAGCGGUCGCUUCGCAGCCUUCCAGAGCAUUGUUCAGGCACUGAGCUCCUCCGGCGCCGGAAUGCUCUGGGUGACGCAUCUCUGUCAAGUCAACUGCAAAGACCCGCGGUACGCCCAAACCAUUGGAACUGCUCGCACAGUUCGUACAGAGUCGCUCAUCGACUUUGCUACUUGCGAAGUGGAUGAUGUUCACUCGUCGCUGGACAGGAUUGUGGAUGUGUUCGAGCGGUUCCGUGCCCGCCCCCGAGUUACCGACGAGCUGGAUGAAGGAGAUGCGCUUGAUUUGCGCCCAGAUUACGAAUACGCCAUUGUGAACGGCAUCGUCAGCGUUGGCCGGAUGUUCCCCGUUUCGAUCAGGGACGAGCUGUCGAAACCCCUCGUCAAGGAAGAGGUGGAACAUGGGCAUAGAGCCUCACACGAGGAGGCCAGGGUCGCUCUUGACAUGACGAAGCCUGGCCGACUGAACACCUUGCACUGGAGAAGUGCUGCUGAUGAUGGGGAUGAUGGUGGUGCGAAGGUUUUGAAGCCGGACGAGGUAGAGGUGAAGAUUUUCGCCGCAGGUCUCAACUUCAAAGACGUACUUGGCGCUCUUGGAGUGAUUCCGUAUCCCGAAGAUGGCCUGGGCCUGGAAGGUGCUGGAAUUAUUACCCGCGUUGGCGUUGAUGUUACGGAUCUCCAACCCGGAAACAGGGUUAUGUUCCUCGCAGACGGCUCCUUUGCCAGCCACGUCACCACUCCGGCGAAGCUCUGCGAAAGGAUCCCAUUGCACAUGUCCUAUGAAGAUGCAGCAUCCAUGCCGGCUGUAUUCUCGACCGCCUUCGCCUGCCUGCUCAACAUUGGUCAGCUGAAGAAAGGGCAGUCGAUACUCAUUCACAGCGCAGCCGGUGGUGUUGGUCUUGCGGCUGUUCAACUGGCGAAGAUGGUGGGAGCAGAGAUCUACGCGACAGUCGGCAACGACGACAAGGCCAACUACCUGGUACAGACCUUCGCAAUACCCAGGAACCACAUCUUCAACUCUCGUAACACCAGCUUCGUAGAAGGUCUCAUGAGAGAAACAGGCGGAAGAGGCGUGGAUUUGGCCUUGAACUCGCUAUCCGGAGAACUCCUACACGCGACCUGGCGCUGCGUGGCUGAGUUCGGCAAGCUCGUCGAGAUUGGAAAGCGAGACUUUCUUGGCGGAGGAAAACUGGACAUGGACGUCUUCCUCGGUAGCCGCAGCUAUUCCGGCUUCUACCUGGACGCCGAAAUGGCAAGGAGGCACGAUGUCGUCAAGGAUUUGCUUCAUGACAUAGUUGCCCAUUUUGAACGUGGCCUGAUUUCUUCGUUGUCGCCAAAGAAGGUCUUUCCCAUGUCUUCCAUCCAGGAUGGAUUCCGGCACCUUCAGCAAGGAACGCAUAUCGGUAAGAUUGUCUUUUCUGUUCGCCAGCCCGAUGGCAGUCUCAAUCUCGACAUCAAGAGGGUUGUCAGAAAUAGAAUGAGAAGGCUGCAGCUCGAUCCUUCGGCUUCGUAUCUUCUCGUGGGAGGUCUUGGAGGUCUUGGAAGGUCCGUAGCCAGACACCUCGUUGAGCAAGGUGCUCGCUCCCUGGUAUUCUUGUCCCGAAGCGCAGGUUCUGGCGCCGAAGAUGCCGACACAGUCCGCGAGCUCGAGGGCAUGGGCUCCAAAGUACAGCUCAUCAAGGGCAGUGUCGUGAGCGAGGAGGACGUAGUUGGCGCAGUCCAACAGGCGACCAACUUGAAAGGUAUCAUCCAGGCUUCCAUGGUCCUCCGCGACGAAAAUAUUACGCGCAUGAGUCUUGAACAAUGGAACCAGGCUGUGGCGCCCAAGGUUCGGGGUACAUGGAACCUUCACAACGCAACGGUCAAGGCCGGCAUCGAGCUUGACUUCUUCGUACUCUUUUCGUCCAUGUCGGGCGUCACUGGUCAGGCCGGCCAGGCCAACUACGCAGGCGCGAAUACCUUCCUCGACUCGUUCGUGCAGUACAGGACCAGCCUACAAAUGCUCUGCUCUGCGAUCGACAUCGGUGCCGUACAGGACAUCGGGUACGUAUCACAAGACGAGGCUCUUCUCAAGAGAAUGAAGGCUACCAGCGCGCAUGGCAUAACGGAAGAAGAACUCAUGGAAACGCUGUCCGCUGCCAUUCUCCUCCCGCGGUCAAAGGACGCAACGGACCAGGAUCACACAUACAGUGAUAGGAACACCAUCGGCCUCGGACUCUCGCUGAAUGUCUCGCUCAGCGACAAGGAUAGCCGCGCGUUCUGGCGCCAGGAUAGGCGUCUGGCCGUGUAUCACAACAACUCCAACAAGGCCAAUGCCGAUGGUGAUGCAACGGCGAGCGGGGGCGACUGGUUGAAAACGUUUCUUGCGCGAGCUCGAUCCGAUACAUCAUUGUUAAAAACGGAAGAGUCGGCCAAUCUGUUGGCCAUCGAGAUUGGGAAGAAGCUUUUCGGGUUCCUACUCAAGCCGGUUGACGAAUUGAAUACGUCUGCUCCGCUGUCGCAGCUGGGUUUGGACUCUUUGGUCAGCGUAGAAAUGCGCAGCUGGUGGAGGCAGGCGUUUGGGUUCGACAUUAGGCUUUUGGAGCUGUUGGGAAUGGGGACUCUUGAUGAGCUCGGUAGGCAUGCUGUGAAGGGCCUGCUGAAGUUGUUUGGUGAUGAUUCUUCGUAG